CAGACAUCCGGUUUGCGCGUAGGACGGACAGGCUCAGAAGCCACCAUGGUGCGAUUCAAGCAAAGGUACCUGCUCUGCGAAGUGGUGUCUGACGACCCUCGCUGCCGCCUGAGUCUGGAGGAUCGAGUGCUGGGCAACCUCGUCCGAGACACGAUCGUUCGUGUGCACGGAACCUUCGGCGCGGCCGCCUGUUCCAUCGGCUUCGCGGUUCGAUAUCUCAAUGCCUAUACUGGAAUCGUGCUACUUCGAUGCCGGAAGGAAUUUUACCAGCUUCUGUGGUCAGCUCUUCCCUUCAUCACGUAUUUGGAAAACAAAGGAAACCGUUACGCGUGUUUUCUAAACACCAUACAUGUGGGAGGUACAAUUAGAACAUGUCAGAAGUUCCUGAUUAAUUACAACAGGAGACAGUUGUUGAUUUUGCUGCAGAACUGCACUGAUGAAGGAGAGCGGGAAGCUAUCCAGAAGUCUGUCACAAGAAGCUGCUUACUAGAGGAGUCAUCAGCUGAGGAGCACCUUUCAGACAGUGGCAAUGAGGAAGCUGCUGAAGCAAUGGAGUGAACCUCUGCAGGCUGUGCAGUGCUCAAGCCUCAGGGCCCAUUUGUUGGAACAGGACAUUCUGAGAGGCAGCAGCACCUUCUACAACUCUCCAGACUGGAUGAGUGUUGACCAGAGGCCAAGUUAUGGGCUCCAAAAGGGGGACUCAUUCACUUAAACUGC